AUGACGGGUAAAAUAUCGAACGCGGAGAAAAACAUCCAAACAUCCGGUGGUAAAAUGAAUUCGUUAAUGGGUAAAAUCUCUACAACGAAAUCGAUAUUAUCUUAUCAAAAUGGCAGUGCAGUGAAAGUUGAAAAUAUUGAAUGUUCCAACGACGAAACUAGAUCAGGUGAAGGUUUCUCGGAGGAUGCAUCAACAAUUGAUGAAACCUUUCAAGAAAGUCAAAAUUUAAAAAGUGAAUGUUUAGAUUUAUUAAGAAAAAAAUUGAUCUCGGAUUUGAGUUUGUCUGUUUUUACGAGUGACCUUGAGAAUAAGUUGACAAAAAUGGAUUCAAUUGAAAUAAGUAAAGAAAGACAAUCAGUUGUACAAAAACUUAUCGUUCAAAUCGGUCAAUUAUCAGAUGCUGAAAAACUUUUGCUUUAUUUAAAAUUACCCAGUUCCACCAGCAGCCCAUUUGACCCUCUCAGGCAUUCUAAAAUUAUUCGACUAUUGCUAACAUUUUAUUCAGAUGUAAACUUUUAA